GUAUUAGCCAACUGUUGAUUUAUUAUUAUUAUUUUUGAUUAUUGUCGUUAUUUACAUUGUUUCGUGUUUGGGAACAUAUUCCUGACGUUAUAUCAGAGUUUUUUUUAUUUGGAUCUUGUCUAUGCUUAAUUCAAAGACGUUUGAGAAGGGUAUUUCAUUUUUAGUCGUUUUGACCCAAGAAAAAAAAAUCAUUGGUGUGAAUUGAUUAAUUAUUUCCUGAUAGAUCGAGUAAACGCAUAUUCAAUCGCACCUUCAUCAUCAAUAGCCAUAUCAAUUGCAAAGACCAGCCAAAUGGAUUCAGAACCAACACCACAAUCAGUUCCGGAGACGGACGUGGAGCCUGUAGAAAACAAUGGAACAGCUUCUCCUGAACUGCAGCCAACAGACAUUCCGCAGGACGACUUAUCAAACAACCAACAGGAUGACAUUCCAGAAAUUGAACUGAUUAUUAAGGCGUCAACGAUUGACGGCCGCCGCAAAGGAGCAUGUCUUUUUGGCCAAGAAUAUUUUAUGGAUCUUUAUCUUUUGGCCGAACUAAAGACUAUUUCGCUUAAAGUGACUACGGUCAAUAUGCUUAAGCCGCCACCAGACUUUCGUUCAAAAUUCGAUUCUACAUCUCCUCCCAUCCUGAUCGAUCGAGGCGAGCCGGUGCUCGAAAACGAAAAGAUUGAACGGUAUAUUAUGAAAAACAUUCCGGGUGGCCAUAACCUUUUUGUUUCUGACAAAGAAACACUUGGCGUGAUUGAAAACAUUUAUACGAAAUUCAAGGUUAUGCUCACCAAGAACGAUGAUCAUUCAAAGCAGGCAUUCGAAAAUCAGCUGAAGAAAAUUGAUCAACAUCUAGCCAAACGUAGCACUCGCUACUUAACUGGCGACACCCUUUGCUGUUUCGAUUGUGAACUUAUGACACGGCUACAACACAUCAGAGUUGCUGGCAAAUAUUUUACCGGGUUCGAGAUAUCCGAAUCGUUUAUUUACCUGUGGCGAUACAUGUACCACAUGUACAAUCUGGACGCGUUCAAACAAAGCUGUCCGGCCGACCAGGACAUUAUCAACCAUUACAAACAAAAACAAGGAGCCACUAAGCAGCUUGCUAAACACGAGGAGCUUGAAGCGCCAACUUAUUCCCGAUCGAUACCGCAAUCGGUUUUGGAUGCAUUCGGCGAUCAAUUGUGAGCCUCUCGUUUCCAUCAUGUCCAGUUCUAAUUUGUUGCCUUCUCUAUGUCUAUGUCAUUGUUGAUCCAAGAGAGCAAAAUAUUUAUUUUGAAAAUAUCCGAGAAU